AUGGUGUUGGAUACCGGAAAUGAGGCUUUCCAAAAGGCGAGCGUUUCAACGCCGAAAAAUGACGCUCAAUCGUCCGGAAUCAGUCGCUUUUUCUCGCGACGUCGAAGAGUUCGGCACGAUACUCAUGAUGCAAAUGAGGCUAGAAACGAUGUGAUGAGCUCUUUUGUCGAACAUCAUUUGUCCAUCAAUCAGCUCCAGGAUGUUUACCCGGAUUCGUUCAUCUAUGCGCCGGAUCCGAUUCGCUCGGAUGGAUUGACGUCAGAAGAGGCUAGAAAACGUUUGAAAGAUGGGGGUUUGAAUGUGAUCGAUCCGCCGAAAGAGACGAGUCUGAUUCGAUCAUUCGUCUCUCAAUUUCACUUCAAAUUCUGGGUUCUACUUACAGGCGCUGCAAUGCUCUCAGUGAUCACCUAUUUUGUGCAUUUGGCUCACGGUUUCAAUGAACCACUCAAUCUUUAUUGUGCCGCGAUUCUUCUCGGCGUUAUCUUCUUUAUGUCAGCUCUGUCAAUUCAUCAAGAAAGAAAAACGCGAAUUGUACAACAAAAUUUCAAAAAAUUGCUUCCUAUCAAUGCGUUUGUGAUCAGAGAUUGUGAAGAGAAAGAGAUCGAUUUGGUCGAAGUUGUUGUCGGGGACAUCGUCGUCAUACGAGCCGGGUCACGAAUUCCGGCAGAUGUGCGACUUUUGCAAGCGCAUUGUCUCAAGAUCGAGUCCUCCGAAGUGACAGGUCAUCGUAAUGCUUCAGAAUAUACAGCAAUGAUGGCAGCUGCUCAUAUUUCAGCCUUUGACGCUAAAAAUAUCGCUUUUAAGGGCUCUUAUUGUACAGAAGGCGAUGGACUUGGAGUAGCGAUUCGAACAGGGAAAUUCACGGUACUUGGGGAAAUCGCUGAAAUGCACUCUCAACACCCGCCGACUCAAUCAAAGCUACAAAAAGAAUUACGCGGUUUUGUCGACUUUAUUAGCAUUUUGGGAAUCUGUAUGGCAUCUGCGGUGUUCAUUAUUGGAUGCAUUGUGGCUAGAUUUGAAAACGUUUUGGAUCAUUUUGUAACCGGUUUUCUUGUGAUUAUUGUGGCCAAUGUUCCGCAGGGUUUACCAGCUACAGUUCUCUCGCAAUUGAGAAUCAUUGCUCGUCGUUGCGCUCAAAAAAACAUUUAUAUAAAGAAAUUGGAUUUAAUUGAUGAGCUUGGCGCGGCUACAGUGAUUUGUAGCGAUAAAACUGGGACACUAACGCAGAAUCAAAUGGUUGUCACCGAUUUGUGGUUUAACGGGAAAUAUGUACCAGGCAAUAUGGUUGAUUCAAAGAAUCCACACAUUCGUGCUAUUCGAAAGGGAAAAGUCGAGUCUCCAUUGCUUGAAAUGCUCACCGUGAUGAGUGUCUGUAAUCGGGCUCAAUUUGAUCAAUCUCGGACUAAAAUGUAUCGUGUCUCAACGCUAAGAGCUCUCGAAAAAGCUUCUUCUGAAGCACUUUAUAUGGCGCCGAUGAAGAAAAAAUUUGUGAUUAUUGAUCCAAAAACUGGUGUCGAAUCGCAGCCGCCUCGUUUACACACUGCUGGCAAUUCCACCGCUGAUUUAGAAGCUCUGGGAAAGACUGAGGAAUCUACCCCAUCGGAGACAAUUUCCAAGCAAGCGAGUUCAAAGAGGAAACGAGGAGAUAUUUUCGGAAUCCCUUCAGACGUUGCAUUGGCUAAAUACGUUGAAUUGACAGCAUCUGUUGAAGCGAUACGACAAAGAUAUUUAGUUGUUCACGAGGUUCCUUUCAACUCUGUUCGUCGAUAUCAACUCGUUGUGGCUCGUUGUUUGGCUGAAACGUUGGAUGAAGACGAAGGAAAAAGACCGGCUGAGGGAGAAUCCCGUUUUGUCGUUUUGAUGAAAGGAGCGCCUGAGUUGAUUCUCUCACACUGUAGCCGAGUUCGAACAAAGGAUGGGCUACAAGAGAUCGAUGAUGAGUUCAAAGCAGAAGUUCAGGAAGCUUGGGAGCAAUUCGGGCACGCUGGACGUCGGGUGAUCGCUUUUGCGCAGAUUCAUUUCAACGCCGAAACGAGCUCAGUUUUCCCGCCAGAAUCAUUGAAAGAAAAGAAAUGGCCAGAAGAUUUGGAGUUUCUCGGAAUGGCAGCAAUUAUGGAUCCGCCUAGACCAGAAACAGCGCCAGCAAUUCAACAAUGUAAACAAGCUGGGAUAAAAGUCUUCAUGAUCACCGGCGAUCAUCCAACCACCGCCACCGCAAUCGCCAUUCAGAUUGGGUUGAUUUCCGAGACGAAUACCCCGCAUCUUUCAACAAAAAGCGUCAAAAGUGGGACGAAAGAUUGGACUGUUGUAACCGGGGAUCAACUCGGGCAAUACUCGAAAGAAGAUUGGGACAACCUGCUCGCACAUAAAUAUAUUGUUUUUGCGAGAACGAAUUCCGAUGAGAAGCUGAGCAUUGUGCGAGAGUGUCAGAAUCGGGGAGAGGUUGUUGCAGUGACAGGCGGUGGAGUGGACGACGCGCCAGCAUUAGCGCACGCAAAUGUCGGCAUUGCGACUGGGAUUAGUGGCAGUGAUAUCGCAAAACAAACGGCCGACAUCGUGCUCCUCGACGACAAUUUCGCCUCAAUCGUUCAGGGAAUCGAAGAAGGGCGUUUACUCUUCGAUAAUUUGAGACUUUCCCUCGCCUACACAUUCGCUCAUUUGUGGCCCGAAGUUGUGCCGAUUAUGCUCACUUUUCUCUUCGGAUUACCGCAUGGAUUGUCCCCGUUGCAGAUUUUAUCUGUUGAUUUGGCCUCUGAGAUGCCACCAGCGAUCUCGUUGGCUUAUGAGCAACCGGAAAGAGACAUCAUGCACACCCCUCCGCGUAGUCGAAGUGCCAAAUUGUUGAGUAAAAGCUUGAUCCUGUACUCGUAUCUCUUUGCUGGCUGCGGGAUCACUGUUGGAUGCGUCCUGGCUUUCCUAUCCGUUUACUGGUACAACGAAAUCCCCCUCUCGCAACUCAUCUACACAGCCGAACACCAUUGGAAGGUCGGCGCCCAACCGCUAACAAUUGGCGACAGUGUGCACAAUGUGACGUACACCGAAGAAAAACAAUUGCAUAUCAAGGGACAAGCAGCCGCUGCAUGGCAAAUCACAUUGGUGAUGAGUCAGGUGUUUCAUUUGUGCAAUUGCACGACUCGUCGCGUUUCGGUUUUUCGUCACGGGAUCACAAAUGUUGUCUCAUUCUUUGCCGUCAUUAUCGAGGUGCUAAUGCUGAUCAUGUUUGUUUAUACGCCGGCCGCUCAAUACGUGAUGGACAUUCGCUCACCGCCUGGUUUCGUUUGGGCUUUCGCUCCAUUCAUCGGUCUUUAUCUUCUGAUUUUCAACGAGUGUCGAAAAUUGCUAAUUCGUCGCUAUCCAAGGCACAAAUUGGUGAAAAUAAUCAAAUGG